UCCGUGCUCUUCUCAAAAGCUUCUGCUCGCUGUCGCCACGAACCUUCUGGGCCGUGUUGAGGUUUCUGAAGCUGCUCGUUGUUCCGACACUCGGUUCCUUUUGUUGGCCCAACAUGUCGGUCCAUUUUCCAGUCCGACCAUCCGGACCGCCGCCUGCCGAACCGGGCCCUGGUCCGGAUUGCCCGGCUGUUUUCCCGGGACCCCGGAGGUUCCUGAGAUGUUGCUUUUAUUUCAGAUGACAUGAAUGUUUCCAUGCACACGUAGCACUGCUGCUGCUCCCAUCGCCAUGUUGCUUUUCAGGGGAGCGCCUGCUGCUUUUAAAGCUCGCUUCCAGAACCACGGCGGGAUAACAGCGGCCGGCUCGGUUCGGUUCUGGCAGCGGAGACGCUGAGGUGUCCGCCGGGUCCAGUCUGGAGCCCGGAAAGCGGCGCAGACUUUCGGGUUUUCUGUUUAAAAUGUCGGAAGGGGCGAGGGCCCUGGCGGCUCUGCGGCGCUUUGUCAGGAAACAAGUUGGAUUCGUGGAAAAUGUUUCCAUAUUUCUGACCAACAUCUGCGUGGAAACCAAGCCGAGCCGUGGAGCUUUAUUUUCAUGUGAAUAUUGUCACGAUGCGACCUGCUGGAGAUUUUUAAUUAAUUUUUGAAAUAAUGAAAUCGGCUCCGGGGCGGCGCACUUCGGAGCUGCCAGUCGCGACUCGCUUCUGAUUUUGACGUUUUAAUCACAUUUAUCGGAACCGGAUCCGGAUCGGAAUGGUCGGCUCUGGCGUGGAAGAACCCCCAGAAGAUUAUCGCGUGAAGAAACGGAGUCCGGAUAAUUUAUUUGUAUUUUUAAAUAUUUUAUGAAAAUAUGACGACUGAGGAAAAAGCCCGUUUCCGUGUGCUGCGCCGUCGGGGAGUUUUUUUGGCUCGACUCUUUGCGACUUGAAUUCAUUUGUUGCUGAAUGAAUUGCUGGAAUGUGGUUCCGUUGACUGUAUGGAUCCGACACUUUCUGCUGCUUUGUCUGCGAGGAGCAGAAGUGCGAGGAAGAAGUUUUUCCUCUGGCCAUGAACUACCUGGACAGAUUUUUAGCGAUGGAGCCGAUCAAGAAAUGCAACCUGCAGCUGCUGGGCGCAGUCUGCAUGUUCCUGGCCUCCAAGCUGAAGGAGACGCGGCCAUUAACGGCAGAGAAGCUCUGCAUCUACACAGAUAACUCCAUCAGGCCGCAGGAGCUGCUGGAAUGGGAGCUGGUGGUUUUGGGGAAGUUGAAGUGGAACUUGGCGGCGGUGACGCCGAACGAUUUCAUCGAGCACAUCGUGCGGAGGCUGCCGCUGGCCGACGACAAGCUGGUUCUGAUCCGGAAACACGUCCAGACCUUCAUCGCCCUCUGCGCCACAGAUUUCCGAUUCGCCAUGUAUCCCCCCUCCAUGAUCGCCACAGGAAGUGUGGGGGCGGCCAUCUGCGGCCUGCAGCUGGACUCAGCCGACCGAUCCCAGUGGGGCGACAGCCUGACGGACCUGCUGGCCAAGAUCACCAACACAGAGGUGGACGUUCUGAAGGAGUGUCAGGAGCAGAUCGAGCGCGUCCUGGAGAGCAGCCUGCGUGAGGGCCGGCAGCAGCAGCAGCAGCAGCAGACGCAGCGGGGCCCCAGCGGGAAGGGCCUGGAGGAGCUGGACCAGGCCUCCACGCCCACAGACGUCCGUGACGUCAACUUGUGAAGCACCAGAGGGCGCCAUUGCACAGGAUUUACAAGAAUCUUUUUAAAAAAAACUUUCAGUCUUCAUAAAAGCAGAAAAAAAGAACAAAAGAGCAAAAAAUUGUUAAAAACACAAGGCCUUUAAAGAAAUACAAGGACAGUGCUGGCUAGUUUUGUAGUUGAUCUUUUCUUCAAGCAAAAACAAAAAAAAGCAACAAAAAAAAACACAAAACCUCCUGCACAUGAAAUCGAUUUUCUCUGAUGCUCUAGUGUAAAAGCAACAAGCCUGGUGAAGCUGCGCUGCCUUGGAUGCAGAAGGGAAUCGUUCUGCCUUUACAGCUGCAGACAGGAGAACUGCAGAUGAUCCUUUUUCUAUUUUUAUUUGCAAAGAUGAUUUUUUUCGCCGUCUGUAGGUGGUGGACGAAGAGGACGAGUCCUCCACUGCCAGAUCGUCCACCUCUAUGGACGGACAGAACUGUGUAGAGCAGAUGGUCCCGUUGCCAGGCAACCGCUGGAACGAUAACAGUUAUUAGUAAUAUUUAUAAUUAUUGAUACCAUCAAAAAUAUUUUGGAACUUCAUGAGCUCCUUUGGUUCAGGCUGCUUGUUUGCAUUGGUUUGAGGAUGCAGCUGGCUGGAGAGAGAGUGUGUGUGUGUGUGUGUGUGUGUGUGUGUGUGUGUGUGUGUGUGUGUGUGUGUGUGUGUGUGUGUGUGUGUGUGUGUGUGUGUGUGUGUGUGCGUGUGUGUGUGUGUGUGUGAAAGCUGUUCAGCCUCGUGCUGCAGCUCACCUGAGCUAAUGGGGGACAGGUGCGUUAGCAGAGAGACACUUUGUCUCAUCAGGACUUCACCUCCGACCCAGAGGUUCUUACUGCCGGGCCGGGGGCCGAGGAGGGGCCGGGGCGCGGCCCUGGGUGGCCCUCAGUAGCUGCACAGGGUGCAGGAGGAGCUGCAAAGGUUGGAGUGGAUCAAGCAGAACCCUCUGAUGUUUUCCUUUAUGUGUAGCUGGACCUGAGGGCCGGGGGCCCGUCCAGCUCCCUUUAUGAUUUUAAUAGCUAAGCACUUUGAGGUGAAGCUCAAAUCAAACAGCCUCCGGGCCAGGAGUGAGGAGCUUUCAUUCCUCAUUUCUCUGGAUCCCAACCAGAACCAGAACCUGCUGCAGAUUCCAGCAGCAGCUUGUCCUCCAGUCCUGCUAAAACUCCUCCCAGAUGAUCCAAUCAGAUAUUCAUGCAGAGCCCGAUCGGAUCGGUUCGAAUCCGGAGACUCUGCUUUUCCUUUCUCGAUGAAAAGAUUAGAUUUUUUUUUUUUUUUACUUGACAUUUUGUUUUUAUUUAUCUGCAUCAGCCACAGAGAGCCACAUGGGGGCAGCAGAGAGCCCAUAUGUCGAGUUGGGUUUUCUUUAAAGUCAUUAGAGACCCAGUUGAUUCUCUCCACAAAGGAGAGAUCCCAUAAACCUCUCCAGUUUGAACCCAGACCAAAAAAAAAAAAAGACCAGUUUGAACUCAGUGGGCCCCCUCAGUACUGCACCACCUAACCCGGCUCACAUGGGGCCCGUGUUUGUUUGUGAUGUUUGUAGCCAUAACAGGCUCUGUUCAAAAGAACCCAAACUUUCUCGUGCCGCUUCCCCAGAAACGGCUCCAGUUCUGGUUCCGGAUCCGGUUUCAUGUGGCUGACUCUGGUUUUCAUUUUCCAUGUCCAACCCCAGCUUGUUUCUGCCCCAUCAUCCGUUGGCCUGAUGGAAGCUCUCUCCUGAACAUGAUUACUUUUUCCUGCAGAUUUCGUGCAGCGUGUGUUUAAUAUCGAUGCCACAGUUCAGCGUGUAUGUGUGUGUGUGUGUGUGUGUGUUUCUCUAGGGGGCCAUCAGACCCACUGUGGGGGUUUUGGUUUUAGAGAUACUGUAUUCCAAAGUGAAGAGCGGUCCGCGGUGUGAAGAUGUCAACAACAAAAAGUGUGGAUAUUUUAUUGUGUUUUUUGCGCUGCUAUGAGCUAUGAAUUUUUCAUUUAUACAAAAUAACAUUACUUAGUUGUGAUGUGUCACUUGUGUGCUGCUAUUUUAUAAACAUUUGUAUUAUAAUAUAAUUAUUUUACUGCUUAAGAGAUACAUCCAGAAACAAAGUAGAAGGUUUUAGAAGGCGAGGAUUUGACUGGAAAUGUUCCUCGUACAGAUGGAUGGACGGGACGUUUCAUUUCCUGUUUUCUGUUUCCUGUUUCCGUCACGUUCUUCUUCAGGGCGUGCCAUGCCUCAGGAUUACUGGACUCGGUCACACACAGAUCCAUCACAUAUACCUCUGCAGAGGCAGGAGGAACCAUUCCUACUGUUUCCAUGAGCAACGACAGGAACUAAGCGAAGCUUCAGCUGGACUCUGACCACAACAGGAAGAGAGGAGGAAACUUCCUGAACCGCCAUGCAUGUUCAUGCUUGUCUG